AUGUUUCUGUUUACGUAUAUUACUAGAUUAGACCCAACUCUUAGGGUGUUAACUAAAACUAUCGCUCUUUCUGUUAUAUUACGGAUAUACACAAUCGCAGUGUGUUCCCCUUUUACAGAAUUUUUUGAUUAUUGGAAUAAGACAUGUGAAUCCCUGCCUAAAACUAUUCCUAAGGACUCUAGUUUUCAUCAUGAAACGCUCAUAUUUUUUAAUAAAGAUGAGUUUUGUAGAGCAAAAAAUGUUUCACCAAUAUUAUGGGCACUUGUUGUCCCUUUUAUUUCAUUUGAUGGCGAAAGAUUUCUUAAAAUCGCAACGGAUGACGUAACAUAUAAUUUUGAACAUAAUGGACCCUUUUUUCCAGGCUUCCCAUCAAUUAUACGCAUUUCUGGUGAUGUUUUUCAAUUCUUUUAUCGUAAAUUUGUUGGAUCAGAAAUACCUCCUAGAAUUAUUUGUAUGGCAAUAGGUGGUUUAGUUGUAAAUAAUAUCGCAUUUGUUUUGGCUUCAUUAGUGUUAUAUUAUGUAGUUUUAAAUUUUGACUCUGGGAAAUAUAAAGAUGUUGCUGAGGAUACUGCUUUUUGGUUUUCAUUAAAUCCAAGUGCAAUCCAUUCAAACUCUCUUUAUACCGAAUCGUUAUUUAGCCUAUCCGUUAACCUUUCAACAUUGUUAUUGAUUAAAUCGGAAUCAAGUCAUAAUAUGCUUAAAUAUAUUCUGGAAUUUAUUGCAAUUGUUUUGUUAGCCUUUUCGGGCACAUUGAGAUCAAAUGGCAUAUUUUAUUUGGCUCCAUUAUUUUUCUACAAACUUAGGAAUUGGGGUUAUCUUGAAAUCUUCUGUAGUUUAAGUUUUGGUUUCAACAUUUUAAUAAGAUCCAUAAUAUAUUGGGGGAUAGCAGCUAUUGAAGCUAUCAUUGUUAUUAUUCCCUUUGUUUUAUUCGAAACUAAAUUGUACUUUUUAUUUUGUGUGUUCAAGGAUGGCUUAAUUUAUGAUCACGAUUUAAUUAGGCCUUGGUGUAAAUCUACUCUACCUUUUUCAUACUCAUUUAUUCAAAAAGAAUAUUGGGACGUGAGUUUUCUAUGGGUAUUGAAGGAACCGGAACGAAUUCAUAGGCUUGGUUAUGCAUUGCCUGUGUUUAUACCUGCAAUUGAACUAAUAAUAUCUAAAAUUAGAUCUAUUAAAAUAAAUUUUUCUUGUUUAAAAUCGCAUGAGAUUGGUUAUUUUAUUUCAUUCUUCUUUACUUUUAUCACCUUUCUUAUAUACGCUCACUGCGAAGUUUUCAUGAGACAAACAUUAUCACACCACAUAUUUUUUAUACAUAUAUCAAUGCUGAUUAAAAAGAAUACAACAUAUUCCAUCCUCAUCAAAAGCUUUUUUGUCCUUUACUUCUUCAUUGGAGCCACUCUCUUUGGAUUAAGGAUUGGAUGGACUUGA